AUGGAUUGCGUCUAUUUUUAUGACCAUUUGGUGAUAUUCCGAAAAAUUGAUUAUAUCGAGUUUAAACUCGAAAAGGAAGUUCAGGGGUAUGAUUUAGGAUCCCAAGCAAGCGAAAAUAAGCUAAACCUCGUAUCCCAACUUUUAACUGAAGCUUUGAAAGAUCGUGUAUCGCUCGUUUGUCCCAUCAGAGUUUGCAUAAAAGGCAAAAAAGACCUUCAUGGCCUAGGACUCAAAUAUAUUGGACAGCUCACUCAUGCAAUCCUCACCAAAGGUCCUCCAAGUAACACUCCGGCUGGUAAUGAAUUUCGCCAGUUUUGGGGCAAAAAGUCUGAACUUCGACGUGUUGAUGGUGAUUUAUGUGAAUGUGUUGUGUGGAAUGGUAAUUCUAAUGUCUGCAUGCAGAUCGUCAAUUUUAUUCUAGAAGAGAAACUCCAUUUAUCUUCAAAUGUUAACGUAUCAAAGCCGUGGUAUCACAUUUUGCCUAAUCGUCUUGACCCAUUUAUAAGCUUGCAUAGACGCAACCGAAAAGUCAACUUAGUUGCCGCCUCACCUCUUCGUCUGAUUAGAGCAAUGGAUAAACUCCGAGCAUUACUACGUGGAUUAAAUGAUAAACUUCCCCUUAAUAUUACGGGGAUUUUACCCUUAUCGUCAGCUUUUCGUGGCACUUCGGUUUUCCCUCCUGUAUUGUCUUUUCCUAUGGCUAACCAGUCACAUCACGGGAUAAAAAAGUCAUAUUUUCAAACGGUUAAAUGGUUAUUGAGAAAAGCAUGUUUUCCUGUGUUCCCAUUGUAUGUUAUAAUUCACUUGGAACAAUCUGGAAGAUGGCCAAACGACUUAGAUGCAUUCCGACAUAUGAAACGAUUACUAGUGAUUCGUAUGCAUGAAUUGCUAUCACCUAAAGGAAUUCCAUCUCAUGUUACCGUCAAUAAUAUGCUGGAUAUAUUUUUACAAGGACUAGUAUUCCGAAUCGUAAUUUCACAAUCAAAAGAACUUAAUUUAAUUCAGAAAUUAAGUAAUUCUGAAAUCAAAACAGAUAAUAAAAAUAAAACACUUUCGGAGACUGGUGAUGGUAGUUCAUUAUCUAUUGAAAUAAAUUCCGAAGCUGCUUGUUGGAUUCGUCUGAAUCAAAGUUUACCAACAUUAGCUGGUACACUUAGUGGUGUUUCACGUACGUAUGCACAUGUGUUUCCUAUAGCAUGUCGAUUAGCUAAACGUUGGUUAUCAGCUCAAGGGUAUCCAGUGAUUCUAUGUCCAUAUGAAGCGGAACUAGAUGGUCUACAUAAUUCAUCAGAUUUUUUUCCACAAUCUGAACAAUGUUCGUCUGCACUAUCUACUUGGUGGUUAAAAGAUUUUAAUACAAGUACCAAUGAUGGACGUAUGACUGAAGUGGCUGUUGAAUUAUUAGUUCUUUAUGCUUCGAAGCUAUGUGAUUCUGUUGAUUCCGAGUCGAAGGAAGCUAAUCUUACUUCGAUCGGAUCACCUGUUGCUGCAUUCCUACGAUUUCUUGAUUUAUUGGCUACUUAUGAUUGGGAAAACGCUCCACUUCUAGUUGAUUUAAAUGAGGGAUUUUCUGUGGAUAUCAACAAACGUCAACUAGCUCUGGAUUUAUUUAAUCGUACACCUCGAUGUAAUUUACCCGCUUUAAUCAUAUGUACUCCACUUGACGCAACUGGAACAGAAUGGACUGAAGUAGGACCAAGUCGAGGAGGUCUAAGUGAUUUGAAAUUGCUAGCGAGUCAGUCACGUGAUUUACUAAGAGCUAUGCUUGUUAGUAAUGCUCCGAUUAAUGAUCUACUGGUCAUUUUUCGUCCGGUCUUUAGUAAAACUGAUAUAGUACUCAAUGUCAAAGCAAAUAUUGUAAAUAUUCGUCAGUCAGAAUCGUUACAUGGAGCGUUGAAAAAAACGCAGCUUGCUGUUCCUGAAACUAAUAAUGAUAGUGACGUACCUAUGGAAUUCCCAGAUCCUGGAGCCCGUUAUUGGCCACAAAGAUACUGUUAUGAUCCACUGAAUUGGUUUGUCAAAUUAUUGCGAUUACGUCUAGGCAGGUUUUUUGAAAUCCGUUGGGAUCGUCAUGGCGGAAAUUGGAUAGCUCUACGAUGGCGUCCACAUUUCAUCCAAACAAUCAAUUCAAAAGAUCGAGUUACAUUAGUCCAAUCAAUAUUCAAUUCCGAUUUGUUGGAUGGUUUAACUCAACAUGCAAACGGCGGUCAACUUACUGAUUUAGUUUGUAGUAAACCAUCUGAUCUACCUCUUGUAUAUAAUGAUUAUUCAUUGGUAAAUUUAUUGUCUAUAUGGGCCAAGAAAUUUAUUGACUUGCCUAUUAAUUAUAAUAAUUUGACAAACGAUAUUAACAUCAGCAAAAAACGAAAACAUAACAUAUCUGAGGAGAACACAACUAAGUGUAUGAAGAACAAAAAGGAAAAAAACUAA